AGACAUCUACACUUGGCCGUGGAAUACAAAGGAUUUUUCAAAUACAUGCUUACAUUGCAUCACCAAAAAUCUGAUAUUAUGAUCUACUUAUCCCCAGACCAAAAUAAAUGGUUAUGAAGAUGAAUUUUCCGUAUUUAAGGUGCUGCACCAAAUGGGUAGCUGUAUGUAGUUAAUCAAUUGCAUUUAGAUAACAUGGUUUUACAAAGCUGUUCAACUGGAAGCUCUCGUUGUGCUAGGCGUGCUCUUAUUAUCCUUCUAGUCUGGGGUCUUUUUGUUAUUGCCACAGUCCAAUUUCGACAUUCUGGACAUAAAAACUUCUUUUUUAACGCAUUUAGUAGUGAAGUGGGUCUUCUGCCAGACUCAAAAAAUGAAUUCCAAAGUGAUACUGCUCGUCGAUUUAAUUCGCAAAAACAGAUAAGUACCAGUCAAUUCCAACCCAAACAAGAAAGAAGCAAAGCUUACGGGUUAAAUGUACAUAAUGGUGAUAAUAGUACCAUCAGUAAUCUUAUUAACUUCCAACUCAAUCUUGUUCACCAGCCCUUACAGACCGAAGAUGAAUUAAUUAAUGAAAUUGAAGCACGAUUACCUAGUUUGCCACUAUCUUAUUGGACUAAUUUUAUAAAAUUUGGGCAAGCAAAAUCCACAAAAAUAACAAAACAAAAUUGUACCCCUCUUUAUCCAAAUGUGUUUGAACUUGAAUUUAAUAAUUUGUAUUGGCAGACAUUGCAUACGAGUAACGGUACCUUCCAGCUUUUUGAUGCUUUUUAUGAUAACCGCAAGCUGUCACGCAUCGGCCCAGCUAUACGGAUCAUUGGUAUGAUUAAUAGGAUAGAACCUACUGUGAAAUGUUUCUGCCAAAUGUGGUUCAAAGGUGAACGUGAAGCUCGCAUUGUAGAUGUAUUUGAAUACAAAUAUAUUUGGUAUUCCAAGUGGGGAAAUUAUAAACAAGAUAUUUAUCAACCAUAUGUCAUAGCAUGUAAGGUACCACAGUCACAUUGGCAAAAAGGUCCUCCUGCCUCGAUUUCCUUAGUUGAAAAACGUUGUGAUACAGCUAAAAAUAGUCUGAAAGUUAUCUACAACAAACCUCCUAAAAAAAAAGAUUUUGCAGUGUGUGUUAAAGGUUUGGAUUUUUUGCACGAAGAUCUUUCAAUAAGACUUAUUGAAUGGAUCGAGCUGAUUGGAUUAUUGGGAGCAGAUAAAAUAUUUUUUUACCAACUGCAAGUGCACCCUAAUGUUAGUAAAGUCUUACAAUACUACGAACAGUUAGGUAAGGUUCACGUCACACCCCUUACGCUGCCUGGUGGACAACCUAACUUACCUGCUUUUCAGCAUAUGUAUCUCACAAAAAAAACAAAUCACAAGCGUCAAAAUGAGCUUAUACCGUAUAAUGACUGUUUGUAUAAACAUAUGUAUGAGUAUGAGUAUAUAGCGUUACUUGACGUAGAUGAAGUUAUAAUGCCUGUACAAGAUACUACGUGGAAAGAGCUGAUGAAACGUGUGAUGCCAAAGGCACUAAAGUUCAAAAAUGAAACGAAAGCAUCUUACAAUGUACGAAAUGUUUACUUUUUUGAUGACUUAAUGGAUUCUCAUGGGUCUUUCAAUAACAUUCCAAGGUAUAUGCAUAUGUUACAGCAUGUAUACAGAUCGAAAAACUUUACAAAACCAAAUCAAUACAUCAAGUGCUUCCAUAAUCCAGAACGAGUUGUCACAUUACACAAUCAUUUUCCUCUAGCAUGCCUUGGUGCCGGAUGCUCAAGUUAUCCUAUUGACACUGAAGAUGCGCAGUUGCAACAUUACAGAGCUGAUUGCGUUAAGUCUUUAAAAAAAACGUGUAUAGAAUAUCGAGAAAAACGUAUUCAGGACACGACCAUCUGGCGUUAUAAAGAUAAACUUGUUUCUAAAGUCCGUGCCACUCUAAAAAUUUUAGGAUUUCUCAACACUACUGAGUGA